CGGGGCAAACAGACCAGAGAGGGAGCUGAGCAGCAGCGGAAUGGGGCAGAUCGCGGGAGAGGGAUGAGCGCGUGCCAAGGAGAGGGGCGGGCAGGCGGGGCUCUAGAGGGGUCCUGGCGCUGCGUCGUGCAUGUGAGGCGGGGCAGGGAUCUUUGACGUUUGGGGUUUUUCUGGUGUGGUUUUCUUCAGCCCCUUCCUCCCGCUUCCGCCUUGCUUGGAGUUCGGCCGGCCCUCUGCCAGAAACCGAACUCUGCUUCUCUCGCUCCUCGCUUUGUGGCUGUGAUGCGCGUGUGACCCGUUUGGCUGGAGACUGAGAAGUGCCAGGAGGAGGAGUGUUAGUCAGCAGAGGAAGAGGAGGAGAGGAGGAGGAGGAGGCGGAGGAGGGCACCGCGGAGUCAUGGAAAACACACUGCAGCAACAGCAGCAGCAGCAGCAGCAGCAGCAGCCAGGGGAGGAGGAAGAGGCUGCGUGUUUAGGGUGAACCCAGGCAGGGAGGUCUUGCGGGGGUCGUGUGGAUGCCUGCUGCGCGAGGGGUGAGGAGGCCAGCCUCAGCUCCCCUCUCCUGCCAGAGUCACCCGGGCUUAGGAAGGCGGUAGGGAAGGAGUGAGAUGAGGCUGCGACGCUCCUCCCGGGCUUAAGGGGCUGCAGGAAAGGCGGCGGCGGGGGCAGCCGCCACCCCGGCAAGGGGCAGCCGCAGGCAGCAGUCACCCCAGAGCAGUUGCUGAGGGGCGUGAGGAAGAGGAGGGGGAGGCAUGAGCUUGGGGCAGAGGCUGCGCUACGCUAUGGGGCAGCCGGUGAGGGGCUGAGGGGAAGCAGGUGUGUGUGUCUUUGUGUGGAGGGCUGUCUAUUAUUAUUAUUAUUAUUCUCGGUCGCUGCGCGUGCGUUAGGCAAGUUGGGGGCGGAAAGGGGGGGAGAAAGCCGGCUGAGCUCAGGCUCAGCGUGUGUCUGUGGGGAGAGAGCAAAGGCCUGGGGGCGCGGGGCGUAGUUGCUCUUGGGGUUAGAAAUGGGGCGGUGAAGGAGUCUGCCCUUCCUCCCCCCCUCCUCCUCCUCCGCUAGGGUUGUGUAAGGUAAGGGUCGAGUGAGUCAAGCCCGGGAAGAGGGAGUCCGUGUGUUCCAUUCAGACGUGGUUGGUCGCCGCUUCCGACGAGCAGCACCCCGACAGCGAACGGGGAGAGUAGACUGCUUGGGGCUGGUGGGGGCGGCGGCGGCGGCGGGCUGUCUGUGCGUGCUGUUUUUAUUUUGACAAAGCGACCGAGGAGGAGCCAAGUGAGCAAAGGCUGCGCCGUGGUGGUGGUUUUUAGUGCCCCCCACCCCCUCCACGACCCCCCUCCCUCCCUCUGGGACACCAUGAGUGCUGGGGGGCUGUAGCCGGACCCUGUUUGUUUUUUAUCUCGGCUAGACGCGAGCAGAGGAUUGGAAGGGGGCGGGGGGAGGAGGAGGAGGAGGUCUAAGCUCAGCCCCUUCUGGCCGGCUCGGUAGAACAGGUAAAACGCAAUGGACUCCAGCCUGGGUUGACAUUGCCCCGGGAGGCUCUGUGAUUCGGAGCCUUUGAUUCUGCGUAUGGGGUGCGGGGAGGCUGGGGGGAGUGCUAGCUUUUGUUGUCUAAGCUUUUACCCCGGCAGGUUAUAAAUAGACCUGUUCAGACGCUGUGUCAAGGAAGGACACAUUGGCAAGUUCCAGAGGGGGGCGGGAGGGAGCGCGAGCGAGACGGGCUGUGUUUAGCCUCCCCCCCCCCCCCCCAGCAGACUGCUGUGCUGCCACCACAAUGAAUGCCAGGAGGAGGCCUAGCUGCUACGGAUUCUUGUAAGCUGUUAAGGAUAAAGGCUGGCUAUUAUUUCGUUAUUCCUACCGAAAAAAAAAGAGAUCUAGCUGGAGGCAGUUUCAGCGACCUCGAGGAAAAAGCAAGAACACCCGAUUAAGGCUUCUUUACUGAGACUUGCGGGGGGAAAGACACUGGACUGAAAAUGAAGCCUGACCGAGAUACUUUAGAUGAAUACUUCGAAUAUGAAGCUGAGGAGUUCCUCGUCAAUUUGGCCUUGCUGAUUACUGAAGGUAGAACACCAGAGUAUUCUGUGAAGGGUAGGACUGAAGGCUUCCACUGCCCUCCAGCACAAUCAAGUCAGCCAACCACAACUAAGCAUGAAUGCAGUGACAAAUUGGCCCAGUGCCGUCAAGCUAGGCGCACUAGGUCCGAGGUUAUGUCUCUGUGGAAAAACAAUAUUCCUAUCAUGGUUGAAGUGAUGCUGCUUCCAGACUGUUGCUAUAGUGAUGAAGGGCCCACCACAGAAGGGAAUGACUUAAAUGAUCCUGCAGUCAAGCAAGAUGCACUGUUAUUAGAAAGGUGGAUUUUGGAACCAGUUCCACGGCAAAGUGGUGAUCGAUUUAUUGAAGAGAAGACUCUCUUAUUGGCUGUCCGCUCUUUUGUAUUUUUUUCUCAGUUAAGUGCUUGGUUGAGCGUUUCACAUGGAGCAGUCCCUCGUAAUAUUAUCUACAGAGUAAGUGCUGCACAUGUAGAUCUGCAAUGGACAUUUUCCCAAAUGCCAACUGAGCAUUUUUUCCCUGUACCUAAUGUUUCUCACAAUGUGGCCUUGAAAGUCAGCGUCCAGUCUUUGCCUAGACAAUCUAACUAUCCAACCUUAACCUGCAGUAUUCAUACCAAUCUUGGCUUCUAUGAAAAGAGAUUAGAAGAGCGUAAUGUGCAUCCGCACUGUAAUUCCAUCAGGUCAGAGCAAUGCAAUGUACCCACCUCACCGCGUGUAUGCAGCAAACUGAUGUGGAGUGAAGGUAUGCUCGGUGCAAAAAAAGGCCCUGAGUUUAGUACAACUGUCAGAAACCUGAAACUGUAUCCAUCAUCUGGACUUGUAUCUGACUUUGGGGCAUCAGAACCUAAAGUUCAAUGCUAUACAGCUGCUGUUGACAGUAAGAAGCUAUCGCAAGAAACAUCAGAGAGGUCUUUAAAGUCUUUUUGUUUAACAGAUUCCCAUAUACAUAAUGGCUACCCUUCCCGUCAGUCAUUAGGAGAAUCUAUUCCUUUGAUAGGCUCUCUCCUCCAAGAGCGGCAUGAAGUGAUAGCAAGGAUUGCCCAACAUUUGAUUCACUGUGAUCCAGCAACAUCACCUGUUAUGGGGCGACCAUUCAACACGAAUGAAACAGGUUUGGUAAACUCAAAGGUUCUACGGAGUGCAUAUGAAGAUGAAAACUUGCUGAAGAAAGGAAAGGAAUUGUCCUCUAGUUCUGUUGCUAACUCUGAGCUUACUUCAUCAGAAAACACCAAUGUAGGAAAAGCCCAAGUAAUACCAGAAACACCAUCAUCCGAUCCCCAUGUUCUGAUGAACCAGUGCUCCCGCCAAACUACAGAGGAAACAAACCUGCUGAUAAGUUCUUUACUUCAAGAGCGGCAGGAAGUUAUAGCAAGAAUUGCCCAGCAUCUAAUUCACUGUGAUCCACCAAUGCCACAUGGUCCUCCUUCUGUGUUUAAUGUGCAAGAAAUUAGUCCAGUUAAUCCAAAGGUUUUUCAUAGUUCGUCUGAAGAUGACAACCUGCUAAAGAAAGGCAAAGCUUCAGAUUCUUUCUCUAAUUCAAGACUGACUUUAUUGGAAGAUAACCAAAAGACAAAAGGCAAAAUACCAGCAACCCCUUUGAAUUAUUUGAAAUACGAUGCUGAUUUGAAGGUAUCUCCAAAGUCCCAAACGAGACGAAAACUGCUGCUAGCAGAGCCCGUUGAAGUAGUCCAAAAUACAUUUCAGCAGUCUCCUACCAAUAGAAAUAAGCGUCCCUUAACUUGCAUGAACCAACUGCAUAGCAAAGAAGAUAAUAUAUUGGAAUUUGCAGAUAGAUUGGAAUCAGUACUUCCUGGUUAUCCCUACAAACCUCAAAUGGCAAAGAAAGGUAUUGCCAAGCAGUGUUCACAUUUCAACAGUAGUGAUGAACUGAUUUGCACAGAUAAACUUAAGGACAGAACAACCGUUAGUGAAAACAGCAACAAAGACUGUUUAAACAAUCCUCAGUUGGUUCAGUCCAAAAUACUUGAACAUAUUAAUGUGACUGUAACGCAGGCUCCUGACAGUUUGCACAAAAAUGAGGUUAAGCGUUUAAAUAAAGACUCAAAGCAACCAAAUAUUUGUGAACAAAAUUCCCAGCUUACUAGUAUUGAAAACUAUUUGCAUAAAGACAAUGAAAGCUUCAAAUGCAAAAAUAAGCAAGAUAAAGUGAAAAAUGCACACGAUGAGAAUGAAGACCCAACAGACCAUGAAGUACAAAAGCGUUGUCCGAAGAAGCCAGUAGAAGACUGCUUGGUUCUGUAUGAACAAAAGAAGACUGUGGAGACGUUGAGAACAAUACCACUCAAGCACGUAUGGAGGAAAAACAAUUUUCACCAUUUGGAUGGGACUUCUACUAAGGCUUUCCAUCCCCGAACAGGGUUGCCUUUACUUUCAAGUCCAGUUCCUGAAAGAAAAACACGAUCAGGAUGCUUUGAUCUAGAUGCAUCAUUACUAAAGCUGAAAUGUUUGUCCUCCAAAAGCCCACAACGGUAUGUAAACAAAGAGAAUGAUCCAGAUGUCCAUGAGAAACCAUUUCUGAGUUCCAGUGCACCACCUGUAACAAGUCUUAGCCUCCUUGGAAACUUUGAGGAAUCUGUGCUGAACUAUCGUUUAGAUCCCUUGGGCAUUGUGGAUGGCUUCACAGCUGAUGUGGGAGCAAGUGGAGUCUUUUGUCCCACACACAUGACUCUUCCGGUUGAAGUUUCAUUCUACAGCGUUUCUGAUGACAAUGCACCCUCUCCCUAUAUGGGUGUAAUUGCUUUAGAGUCCCUUGGUAAAAGGGGUUAUCGGGUACCGCCUUCAGGAACAAUACAAGUGACCUUAUUUAAUCCUAACAAGACUGUGGUGAAGAUGUUUGUGGUGAUAUAUGACUUACGAGAGAUGCCAGCCAAUCAUCAAACAUUCCUACGGCAAAGAACCUUUUCUGUCCCUGUAAGACGAGAAGCAAAGAGAAACAUCAAUAAAGAAAACACUCGACAUACUGAAGAAAGACUACUUCGCUACCUCAUUCAUCUGAGGUUCCAGAGUUCUAAGUCUGGAAAGAUCUACCUCUACAGAGAUGUAAGACUCCUGUUCUCUCGGAAAUCUAUGGAGGUUGACAGUGGCGCUGCAUACGAACUCAAAUCUUACACUGAAUCUCCAACAAACCCUCAGUUUUCACCCCGAUGUUAGCAAGGAGUAUCAACGAAAAGUAUUUGCUUCAUUACCAGAUUACUAUUUAAGACAAAUAAUUGGCAUAAAAUAUACUGUGUAAAAGUUAAAUUGCAAAGAAAGUGUGAUGGUGGUCAAACGAGAGCCAAGGCUCUUCUUGACUCCUAGACCAGUUCGUAAAAAGGUUUCUGGAAUGAGCUUUGUGUAUUCCAAGUAGACUGGAACAUACUUAAGUCCUACUCUUUUUAUACUGGUUUUAAACCACUUCAUUGGAUGUGUUGCAAUAGCAGAUUCCCAAAUUAGUUUAGUGUUUACACCUUAUUUUAUUUUUGGUUAUUUAAUAUUUAAUGUUUCUUUUACUUCAGUGCUGUUUGUCUUUACUGUUCUAAUGUAGCACAAAUCCUUCCUAUGUAAAAUCAUACUACGUAUUUUUGACAUUAAUAUUGAAAUCUGAAAUAUAUACAGAAGUCUUUA